UAAAUUUAAAUAUCCUCCACAACUUCCUUCAUAUUUUACUGCAUCGGAUAAAUUUAGGAUCGACCAAGGUUGAGUAUCGUGGCGACGAUGCUAAUCGAAUCAAGGUAAAAUACUGUGUGUAUUGUAUAUGGUGAUUUUGCUUAAUUUUUGGAAAAUAUAAUAGAGCUAUAAAUAGUGAAAUUGAAUAAAAUGCAACAAGAGGUUAAAUAAUAUGUAUUUAUAGACGAUGGUAAGUUCCCUAAAAGCAGGUCCCUCGCUUUACCUUCAAGAGUACAAUAUUAUCGAUGAUUCCAGUGACGUGAAGCAACGAGUUCGUAGUACCGACGCUAUAAGUGUAAAAGUGGAUGUAGUCAGUGAUGUCAAAGAUGGAGCAUCCCAACGCGCGGUAGAUUUAAAAGAGACAACAGGUGUCAGAAAACAAGUUGGUCCUGGGAAAGAAGGCAAAUGCGAAACUGUUAUCUUUGUAGAACCGAUUGUUGAUGGUGCAACCCCUACAGCUUUAGGUUUCAAACGACUCGAAAAAAAUGUUAACGAACUUCAACAACGGUUUCAAGCAUUGGAAGAGUUAGCAACGACUCCAGAGCUUAUCGAACGACUGAAAGGUAAAAUCACCGAUCCCCUGACCGACGUUUGGCAAAUUAUCAGCAUUACCAAAAGAUUGGACGCCAGUGAACAAGGUAUUGAUAAGUUGACAAAAAUGGUGCAAGAUGUGAUGAAGGGUGACACAACACUCGCAACGGAAGACACGUCGAAGCUCGAAGAAAGACUAGUGAAUUUAGAAAACGCUUUAAACAAUUUGGAUCACGUCGUUCAGAAUUUACAAUUAAUCUCUGACGAUAGAGAGGUUGAGGCGAUAAAAAACCCUGUAAUUGCUGAAACGACCGGGGAAGAAGAAGAAGCUCAGCUUGUACAUGAAGAAAAGCAGCCCGUUAGACGAAUUACAUUAAGCGAAAUUCUAGGCGAAAUAGACAUAAGAAAAAUGCACCAGGACGUGGGUAACUUGCAAAUGGAAGUUAGCCAAAUGAAAAAUCAACUGAAAGAUUUGAACGAAAAGAUUGACAAAACAAAAACUGAACUGACCAAAGAGAUAGAAGCAAAACAACUGACUACGCAAAGGGACGAAAAUCCGGUCGAAAGAACACAGAAGGAGGAAACAGAGGAAACGACGAAGGAAAUAACACCACGUAAAGACACACCUCCAGAACCACGCACUCAGGUUGAAAAUUCGAAGGAAAUGAUAGAUUCAGAAGAAUUGAAAGACAUGAGAAAACGAAUUUCAAAAUUAGAAAAGGACGUGAUUACCAUAUCUGAUAAAGUAGACAAAGUACAAGUGUCUGGUGUUGCAGGCGCCACUAAUAUCGACAAUUUAGUCUCUAAGUAUAACGAGGUUCAAGCUGAAAUGGAGAAAUUGAAUCAAACCGCGGAUCGUCUGAUCGAUGAUCGUGAAACUCGCGAAAUGCAUCUUAAUGCGCUAUUAGAACAAGUGGAACUUUUGAAAACCAUUAAAGCCGAUAGAGAAGAUCUCGAAGAAGCUCUUGCCGAUAAAGCUGAUGCUCAGGCGAUACAUAGAAAGGUUUCUUACGAUCAAUUCGAUGCAGCUUGCGAUGAUCUCGCACACGGCCUCGAAGACGCGAUCAAUAAAUUGGGACAGCAAGAAGAGAUCUGGCAACAAGCUCUGGAUGAAGUGCAAAAGGAGAUCGAGGGAAAAGUUGAUAAAAUGGAAAUUUCUCCGCUGAAGGAUUUCGUGAAUCAUCGACUGAAAUCUCUUCAAGAUAAAUUGAAGAGGGUGGCGGAAGCGAGACAAGAUAUCGAAGCUGCCGGAACCAAAAAGAUGCUUAGGGACGUUCAAUGCAUAUCCUGCGACAAGGAUGUGGUCAUGAGAAUGGAUCCUCCCCACAAAUUUAAAGUUGAAACAUUACCAUGCACCACAAGCAUGAAGCCGUAUCUGACCUAUGAAUUGGAUCAGGUUAGAAAACAACACAGAAGGUUACCUCAUAGUAGAAAUAUGAUUCAAUUUGAAGCAGCCAUGCAGGAAGAGGCAAAGAAGCAGAAGAGCGCAAGAGCGGACACGCUUGUAAAGACUCCUAGAGAUCAUCUGUGCAAUCGAUACUGCGGUGGAAGUCACACGAUUACCACUCCUCAGCAAAGAGUAAUGCGAGUGGGCCAUUUCCUCACUGAGUGGGGACCGGAAAUAAUUCAGCUGACGGAAGGGAUGAUAAAGGGAACGGACGGUAAGAUGUAUAAAGGCCGGCGAAUGCCAGAUAAAAUCGAUGUUUGCGGACCUGCAUACUGCGACGAGCGUGGCGACGAACUUCGAUCAUCGGAUAGACAAUCGAUAACUACUAUACCAUCCUUGCGAAAGCCUGACAAGCAAAGUUCCACUGUUUCAAGAAGACGAUCGUCGAGGAGACAAUCUCGAGAAAUAACUAAGGAAGUAAUAGAAGAGUUUGCAGAGACACCGAGAACAGAGACAGAAGAUCAAUCUGAUAGAUCUGCCAGUGCACCGAUGGAUACAGUUGAACCUACAGAACAUGUUAUUCAAUACAUAGAAGAAGAGGAACUGGGAGAACAAGACUAAAUGAGAUUCUAAUUAUUCACUGUAAAGUAUUCUAAAUAUUUUUAUGAAGUGCUUGUUCUAAGGUCUUGUAUCUAGUUCAGUGAAUGAUAUAAUACAAUAUAUUACAUACAUAGAAAUAUUAUAAAAUUAAUCUAAAAUUCAUAAUAUUUAUUUGCAAUUUGUUAUUAUAUUUUUAUCUACAUUAU